AUGGCGUCACCGAACAUGAACUCCAUCUCGCGGCAAGACGUGACCACGCUGCUGCGCCAGGUCCAGGGCAACUCCCUGUUCAACCGCCAGCUCUCCUCGGUCUGCCAGGUAAAUGGGCUUAAGAGCACCGGCGUCAAAGCUGAGCUCCAGCGACGCAUCGUCCACCUGUGCGCGUAUUCGACGACCACCGUGAAGGCAGCGCUCCGCGUAGCAUAUGCUGACCCUGCUUCGUCUGCAGUCAUAAACGAAACGUUCGCCAACAACGACGUUGCGCGGUUCCACCAAGUCCGGCAGAGCAUCUACAAUGCCUCUGCACAAAGAGCGAGCCCUUCCAAGGCGGCAACGGCCCGAAGCAAUGGUUCCGUAGCAGCACAACCGAUACCGAACCUUUCUACACCAUCAGGAUCGCCCUAUGGCACCACUGGUUAUCCUGGCCGGCCGUAUGGGCAAGUCUCGGCAAACGGAAUCUCGUCCCCCUAUGGCUCUGCCAUGUACGGCUUCUCGUUCAAACCGAGCCCGUUCUAUAGCGUUGAAAGUGCCGUGAGUGGCUUGCUUAUGACCCAGCACAGGAACACUGUCACCAUACCACUGAGGCUAGCCGAUCAUCCUAUUCUCCAGCGAUGCAGCGACGAUAAGUCAUACAGGAUCAUGGUGUUUUGCGCCAACGACGACAGCGGUCUACAGGACGUGGCAUUUCCACAUCAGUCCGAGCUUCGGGUCAAUGGCGAUGAGAUCAAAGCCAACCUGCGAGGCCUCAAGAACAAGCCUGGCUCCACCAGACCCGUUGAUAUCACCAAUGCUCUUCGCCUGCGGUCGAAUUACAUGAAUAACAUCGAGUUUACAUAUGCGCUGACGAACAAGCUUCAGGAGCAAGGACCACAAUGGCUGUGUCCCAUAUGUAACAAGUCUGCGCCCUUUGAUCAAUUGGCCGUUGACGGUUACGUCAAAGCCAUUUUAGAAAAGACAUCAAAAAAUCUGGAAACAGUCACGAUUGAGCCAAACGGCAAGUGGUCUAGCAAACCCCCCAAGGAGGACUCAUCGCCAUCCAGACCACGAGGCGCACCUGUCGAGGACGAUGAAGACGACGACCUGGAGGUGUCUGAAAUCAUCAUUGGCGGCCGUCGGUUGGAAACACCUAAGAAGUUGAGCCACUGUACGGACACACCGAGUUCUGGUGGCAGAGACCAUUCCUCGACAGCGCCGCGAGGCUCACACAGCGCCAAACGACCAGCUCCAGCAGUUAUUGACCUAACGCUGUCGUCGGACGAUGAAGAGCCCAUUCAGCGGCCAAGUAAGCGGCAGCACACUUACACGUAUCAUCGCGGCACGACCCCGCCGUUUCUGAGCGAGUCUCCCGUCAAUUAUCAGCCCUAG